UACUGUUGGGCUGGUACUGUUGAGCUGUUCCUGUUGGGCUGUUCCUGUUGGGCUGGUACUGGCAGAACAUCAGAGAUGGCGUGGCGGUGGGUCCUGGCUGCCAUCUUGGCGAUGUCGUCUCUCUCCCUCCUCGGCUCCGCCUACAACGAGUUCACCUCUGACACCCUCAUCAACAACGUAGUCCAGGACCCAAUCACCGGCCGGCUGUAUGUGGGCACGGUCAACGCCCUCUACCAACUGGACCAAUCCCUGCACCCCGAGGCACACACCAGCACAGGACCCAAAUUGGACAACCGCCAGUGUACCCCGCCCGUGACUUCCUGCGAGGAAGCAGUGGAGACAGACAACCAUAACAAACUGCUCCUCAUCCAUCCAUCCAAAGACACCUUGAUAGUGUGUGGGAGUCUGUACAGAGGAAUCUGUUCUCUGAGGAACCUGUCUAAUGUAGAGCAGCUGCUGUACUUCAGCGAUAGUAAAGGAGAGAAGUCCUACGUGGCCAGUGCAGAGGAGAGUGUGUCAGUAGUAGGGGUCAUGUCUUACUACUUCAGCAAGGACAGGGAGAACUUCACCGUCUUCCUGGUGGCUAAGGGCUACGGCAGCCAUGACAGCACCAAGCUGAUCAGCACCCGUAUCCUCCAGGUCCAUCAUGACUGGGUGUUGUUCGACAGCAUCAUCGAGGCCUCGGCCGUCCAGUCCAACCCCUUCACACUGCGCUACCUCCAUGACUUCAGACACGUCUUCAAGGACGAGGGCUUUGUCUACUUCCUGUUCUCCAGAACCCUGGGUGCCCAGGAUUCAGGAACCAAGAACUUCACCUUUAUCUCCAGGAUGUGUGAGAACGACCACAACUACUACUCGUACACAGAGCUCCAGCUGAACUGCAGCAUGGGGAACAAGUACAACAAGGUCCAGGCAGCCUACGUGGCCCUCCCAGGAGAAGCCCUGGCCAGGAAUAUGAGCUCCUCUGGCCGGUACGGACCGGUUGGAGCCCAGGAUAAGGUUGUGUUUGUAGUGUUCAGCUCGGACGACGACAGCUCCAGCUCAGCAGUGUGUAUGUACCCACUGAGGGCCAUCAACCAGAGACUGGUGGAGAUCAUAGGAGCCUGCUACAGCACCAAGGGACAAAUAAACAAGACGUCUGCCGUCUACUCACCGUACUCCUCCAAGUCAGACGAGCUGUGUAAAAUUGAAAAUGAGAAGGGCAUGGUGACCAAACAAAAGUGUGGUGCUGAGUUCCUGCCCUCCCCGCUGGCCAGCAGGGCAGAGUUCGCCCUGGCAACCGACCCCGUUUUCACCAAGAAGGGCCUGAUGACCGCUGUGGCCGUCGCUGUGGAAACGGAGCACGCCGUUGCCUUCCUGGGGACCACUUUAGGAGAG